GAGAGCGAUCCAGAAGCCUGCCAAGCGGAUCCUUCUCCUUCCUCCUCCUCCUCGCCCAGCGGAGUCAGGAUGCGGCCUCUCUGGGCGGCUUUGGCCGGCCUCUGCCUGGCGAUGAGUUACCUGCGAACAGGGGCUUUCGUCGUCCACCUGCAGGAGGACUGCUUCCUCUCGGACGGAGGUCGCGCCCUCUGGUUCAACUGGACGGUGGCCUUCAACAAGAUCCCCUUCAUCUGCUUCGACGGAUCCAGCGGGAGCUUCGUGCCCUGCGGCCUGGGCGCCUACGACCCCUGGGACCAGCUGGCCGCCGUCUUCUCGGACCACCUGAAUGACGUCCUGGGGGCGCAGAUGAAGGAGGAGGCCCAGCGCUGCCAGGGCCAGGUCCACUCGCUGUGGGGACCCGCGGCGCUCAGGCAGACUCCCCCAAAGGUCCGGGUAUUCCCUGUCACCCCUCAGAACACCCCAGUGUCCACCAUGUUGGCGUGUGUCGUGUGGGGCUUCUACCCCCAAGACGUGACCGUCACCUGGCUGUGGAACGGGGCCCCCCUGAAGAACGAGACGGGCCCGGUGCCAAUGGCCUCCAGCAACGGGGACUGGACCUACCAAACUCUGCGGACCCUCCCCGUGGACCCCCAGCAGGGAGGCACCUACACCUGCCACGUGACCCACGCGAGCCUGAAUGAGCCCCUCACCAAGGACUGGGCACCAGGCCUGGCUCCGGACCUCCGGUGGAAAGUAGGGGUCUCGGUGGCCAUGCUGGGGGUCGGCAUCCUUCUCCUUGCCGUGGGUACCGUCCUUUGGAAGAGGAGAGACCCCGAAGGCUACGUCCCCAUUGAUGGCAGCACCUACCCAGAUGGUCGCUAGCCUGACUCUGAAUGAUGCCUCUCUCCCCAAACUCCCUCGCCUGCGAUUUCAUCCUGACUCCAUUUUUGGAGACCCCAAACUAUCAAAAGGGAAGCCACCAACCCUGGCCUUGCUGCUGCUUCAGAGACCCUCCGGAGACCCCCACCCACCCAUCCACCGGAAGCCCCAAA